UCCCAUAAAAGGUUGGGACCGUCAACCUUUCCCAUCCAUCUGCAUUUACAAACACAUUCGGGUAAACCCGAAACCUUUCGAUCUUCUAAGCCACCAGCCAAAUUAGGGUUUUUGUUUCAGCUCUCGGAGCUUAUCCCCCUUCCCUCUGAUCUCUCUCAAUUGUAAAUUCGAAUUCAUCGGAAACAAACAAUCUACAAAAUUACAUUACUUUUCAAAUUUUCCCACACAAAAAUCCUCAAUUUUUUUGCGUCAUUGGGUAUUAGGGUUCGACCUGCUGUGAAGCUACCGAUUUUGUGCUCCAAUGGACGACAUAGUAGACGAUCCAAGGUACCAUCCGAAAUCCUACUCUGCAAGCCACCAUAACUCCUCUGGUCGCCGUAAAAUCCAUAUCCGAAACACCCAAUAUGCUCGUCCGCUUCUUAACCGAUACGCGGAGGAAGACGACUACGAAUUGGACGAUUUCGACGAAGGAAAUGGCCGGGAAGACCAAUACAACGACGAAGAAGACAAGCACAGACAUGGGUUUAAUCGGAAUUUUGACGCGGAGGAAGAUUUUGAGAGGCUUCCAAAGAAGAGGAAGGCGAAGAAUUUGGAAUCAAGGUACGAGUUUGCACCUCGGGUGAUGCCGAACUGGGAACCGGGUUUUCGGUCUGAAGAGGAGUGGACGGAGCACGCGGUGUUUAUGCUGCUGGAGGUUUGGGGUGAUAGGUUUCUUCAGCUGGGGAGGAAGAGUUUGAGGUCUGAUGAUUGGCAUGAGGUAGCAUACAAAGUCUCAGAGGCGUUGAAGAUUGAGAGGACCGACGGGCAAUGUAAGUCGAUGUUGGAUAUGCUUAAGAGGAAGUAUAAGAAGGAGAAGGAGAAAAUGGAAGAAAUGGGGUUGAACUCUAGCAAAUGGGCUUACUUUAAGAAGAUGGAGAUGUUAAUGGCAUCGUCGUCGAGGCAGGAAUUUGGGCUUGCUUGUGGGAUUGAUUCUGGGGAGUAUGUGUUUAUGAACACAAGGGUUUAUUUGGAGCGGUCGAAUGGGUUUGAUGAGAUGAGGGAUAGUCCUGGUGAGUCAGAGACAGAUGAUGAUGAGAAUGGGAAUGAUGAUUUCGAUGUGUUUCCACCAAGAAUGGCAGGGAUGCAUGGAGGGGACGGGGAUGAAGGGUCUUCGUAUAGAGUGUUGGCGGAUUCAAUUCACAAGUUUGGGGAGAUUUAUGAGAAGAUUGAGAGUAGUAAGAGGCAGCAGAUGAGGGAAUUGGAGAAGAUGAGGAAGAAUUUCAACAAGGAGUUGGAGUUGCAGAAGAAGCAGAUUCUAGAGAGGGCGCAGGUGGAAAUUGCGAAAAUUCAGGAGGCAGAUGACGAUGAUGAGACAGAUGUUUCUGUUGAGGAUCUCAGUGACUGAUGCAGGACAUAUUAUGAUCGAGAAGGAAGGGGACAUCUAAUCGCUGUUCUCAACUGUUUUGGGGAUUAACUUGCAAGACAUUCAUCUCCUGUUAUCCUUCAGUUUUAUCAAAUUAUUUUUAUUUUUGAAUAUGUCACAAAAUCGAUUAAAAUUUUUAUAUCUAAAAUUUUCUACGAAGACUCAUAAAUAUUUUCUAUUGACUUUUUUAAGUGAAAAAUAAGAAAAAUUCAUAUUUAUUACAAACUUU